AUGUCUGAAAUUAAAGGUGGCUUGAUCGCCAACCCUACCGUGAUCCAACCAGCCCCUUCAAGGCAGGCAGACCGCACGCCUUUGGUUCUCAUACAUGACGGCAGCGGCCUCAUAUUCAGCUACUUCUGGUUGGGACCACUUGGUCGCGCAGUCUAUGGCAUCUCCAACCCCAAUUUCGAGACUGGCGGGGAACGGGAGGGCGGGCUCCCCCAGAUGGCCCAAGACUAUAUACCCCUUAUCAAAUCUGUGGUGCCAUCGGGCAAGGUCCUCCUGGGAGGGUGGUCUCUCGGCGGUCUAUUGGCACUCGAAAUUGCGCACUUACUUGCCAAAGACAGUGAUCUCAACGCAUCGGGCAUACUUCUUCUGGAUUCUGCUUAUCCCAAGUUUGCAAGUGAGGUCAAGACGCGCGACCACUUUGACCGUGCUCCGUCAAGUUCCAACGCAGCACUUGGAGCUCAGGUGCAAGCAGCCUUUAGCAGUGCCCGGCGGAUGAUUGACGAAUGGAAGCCUCCAACCUGGGGCGACAAGGACACUUUUCCACCGCCGGCUAUCCUCCUCAAGGCAACUGACUACGUGUUGGGCCAGGGUGACGAAGUGGCGACAGUUGAUAUCGCCCGCCAGACCCAACGGCUCGGAUGGGAUGAAUAUGAACACAAAUUUAUCAGGGUUGUACUCAACAUUUCUGGCCACCACUUCAAUAUCUUUGCCGAGGAUAAGGUCCAGGAGUUGACUAGAAAGGUCAUGAUGGCAUGUACGAUGCUUGAAACGCAGUCUUGA